AUGCCUUUUGCUCAUUCUCUACAACCUGGUCAUAUUUUAUCUGUUAAACAACUUCAUCAAGCUCUACAACUCAUCGUUGACAAACAUCUCUCACUUCAUACAUCACUUAUCUUUGAUGCAGAAAUGCAUCUACGCAUGCAAAGAGUUAUUACUCAUGAAGAUAAAAAUAACAAGAAUAAUAUGUUUUCAAUCAUCGAAACUACUUAUGAAACACAUGAACAACUUUAUGAGAUUUUACACGACGAGAAACGUAAUCCUCAUCUUUUUGAUCUUGCUCAACGUCUCGUCUUUCGAUAUCAUAUUAUUUAUUACAAACAAAUCUCUUCAAAUCAUCUUCUUUCUGACAAAGAUCUAAUUAUUUUUAACUUUCAUCUUGCUUUAUUUGAUAUUCCAUCAAUGAAAGUGUUUCAUCAUGAUCUCAAUCAAGCAUAUACAACAGGUCAAUUAUUAUAUGAUGACAACAAUAAUCUUCGUUAUCUCGAUUAUGCUGUUAUUGAACAACAAAUGUCAAUGACUGGUGCAAGUAUGUUUUGGCUUGAUAUUCUUCAUGAUUGUGAACUUGAUCAAUCUUUAUCAUUACCAUUUGAUCGAUAUCGUCUCUCAAAUGAACAUCAAACUUAUCUUACAACAUCGAUUUCUAUUGAUUUUGGUCAAGAUCUUUCACAUGACUUUUUUAUUCAUGCAUCAUCAAAUAAUAUAUCACUGGAACAGCUUGCAUUUGCUAUUUAUUUCAUCUUUCUAUUUAAAUUAACUAAUGGACAAACAGAUCUAUGUAUUGCUAUGAACAUCAAUCAUCGAUAUAGAGAUGAACUCAAAUCAAUCAUUGGGCUGUUUGAGAAUGUUAUUCCAUUGAGAUGUCAACUAGUUCCUCACUGGUCAUUUCAUCAACUACGUAAAUAUGUCCACGAGACAGCAAAAAAUAUUAUGAACUACUCUUAUUUUCCACUGCAACGUAUCCUCCAGCAAUACCCAAAGGUUUCAAAACCUUCAUUUCUUGAUAUAUCAUUCGAAUGUAUUUCCUCAAUGACGAAGAAUGACACGAAUGAAAUAAUUCCUGAUGAUAGUCAACUUUCUUUAGUACCAUUUUCAUUGAAGAUUGGCGAGAAUGAAAUAAUGAGCAAUUUUGAUUUUAUAGCUAGUUUUCAGCAUAAUCUGGAUAUCAAUGAACUCUCAUUUACAAUUAAUGGAUCACUUGAUUUGUUCAAUACAGAAACUGUUAUUAAGACUGCACAAAGAUUCCAUUCAAUGAUAAAUCAACUAUUCAUAUCUAUGGAUAGCCAAAUAAAUAAACCAAUUUGUGAAUUAUCCUUGAUAUCACCCAGUGAACAACUUCCUUCACAAUCUAUGAACAACACACAAGUAUCAUUUUCAUCUCCUCUCACUUGUAUUCAUCAUGAGUUUGUAUAUCAAGUAAUGAAAUAUCCACGAAAACUAGCAGUUGAACUAGAUGAACAAUCAUUGACAUAUUGUGAACUCUUACAUUAUGUUCAAGUCUCAUCUGUGACUCUUCUCAAUGAAUAUCAUGUGUUUCCAGGUGAGAUCGUGUGUCAAUGUGUUGAGAGAAGUUUGUCGAUGGUAAUUGGUAUUAUGGGAAUUGAGAUGGCUGGUGGUGUUUAUUGUCCAUUAUCACCUCGAGAUCCACAACAUCGUUUGCAUGCACUAGUAGAGUAA